AUGAAACCCCACAUCAAUCGACUUGGAUCUCAACCAGAAGCACUGGAGCCACUAGAGCCACCAGAAACUUCAGAAACUGCGGAAAUUCCUACGAUCCCUUCACACAGACCUCGUGGCAAUAUAUCCAGCUCCGGGAGUGUUGAGCCUGCUUUGAAGAACUCACCUAUAAGCCGUAAUGGCUCCUUUACGAGCUUAGAUUCUGUCAAACAGUCCGAAGAAUCGCAAAAGGGAGAGGCUCCCAAUGAUCAAAAAGAAGUUUUAGGGCCAACAGGAGUGUUGGAGGUCCCCAGGAUUCCCUCUAGACGUCCAGAAAGAAAGUCCACUUCUGGAAUUGAAGAAGAUGAGACUCGAAAAGGUUCUACUUAUGAGGAGAAUAUCAAUGCGUGCGGAAACCUUGAGGAGCCUACAAAAGAUUCUAAUGGAUUAGAGGAUACAAGUAUAUCCAAAUCUGUGUCUGAGGAGCAUGAAACCAAAAUAAAGACUCCUGAGGUCGACGAUGGUGAAACGGAUAUAGCUUUGGCAGAAGAGGAGGAUUCUAAGAAGACCGAGAGUGACGAUGAGAAGGUUCAAGACAAGGCAAUAUUUGAUCCUUCUUUCUCUCCGCUUAAAACGGGCGAGAAUACUUUAAGCCGAGCCUCAGAAGAUCCAACACUUGCAGUGCUCAAAGAGUCGGCGAAACAACUAAAUGCUGCAGGUGAGUUUCCAGGAGACCCCAAGAAGAGCCCUUCAAUUCCGCCUACCAGGCCAUUGAAGAAGUCAUCUACUGUUGAACAGUCUGUGUCACGCAGUAAUACCGAUACUUCCUUACCUUAUGAUAACUUGAUUGAUAUGUACGGAAAGGAUCUGCUCUUGGAGAACUAUGAGGAAUCAGAGACCCUGCAAGACAGUACAGCUGGGGGUGUACUUGCUAAUGCUCAAAAAGAAAAAAAAAUACCCCCAAGGGUUCCGAAGAAGCCUUCUUCAAGAAUUGCGCAGUUUCAGCAGAUGCUUCAAGAGCAGCAGAAGCAGGAUCUUGGUUUACUAGGCAAGAAUCUUCCUCCGAAAGUUCCUAGCCACAGACCCAAAGAAAAUAAUGUAACUUCAAGUGGUGAGGAAAAGCUAGAUGAAGAUAGUCCUUUGGCAACUCAAAGCACUACUCAUACUAUCGGCACCUUUGCUAGAAACUUGAAUCAAAUGCUGGGUCACAACUUACCGGGAAUGCCAAGGGGUGGUAUACCUCUUCCUGGCAUGGUUCUUUCUAACAUGUACAUAAGUGAUCUGCCUGAACCUGCUGUUGAAUCCGAAGGGGCCAGUCAACAGAUUGUUGCAUCAUCGGUUAAGGAUAGAAGAAGAGGCAGAGCCAAAGGGCCCCGAGGGAGAAGGCUACCCGAGAUCCUAAAGAAUACCGUUGAAGUCAGUGAUGAAACUUUGGGCGCCAAAAAGUUUGGUAUAGUCGUUGAAGAGUCCUGGAAUUUUGAAUUCGAAGAAACAGAAAAACCAGAGGAACCAGAGGAACCAGAGGCACCAGAGGAACCAGAGGAGCCAGAGGAACCAGAGGAGCCAGAGGAACCAGAGGAACCAGAGGAACCAGAGGAACCAGAGGAGCCAGAGGAACCAGAGGAACCAGAGGAACCAGAGGAACCAGAGGAACCAGAGGAACCAACGCCAGUGAAUGAGCGAGAGGAACCAACAGAACUAAAGGAAGAAGAUAAAUCAGUGGAACCAGACAACAAUUCUUCCCCAAAACCGAAGAUAGAGGCUGAAAUUAAGUCCAUUGGUUCCACUCACAAUCCUUUGAAAUUUGAAAAUGACCUUGAUGACGGUAGCAAUAAGCCUUCUAGUGAGACCUCAGAUACGGAAUCCCACAACGAUGGUGAUUAG